AUGGGAGAGUUUACAGCUAACAGCGGGCUGGAUCGAUGGGUCUGCCCUAAUGACAGACAGCUCUCGUUGCGAGCAAAAUUGGGCACUGGCUGGUCAGUCCACACGAACCGGAUGGGCAACUUUACCCGCCCUGACCAGCUGUCCCUGGAGGAGCAGGAGCAGAUACUUAAUGUCAUAAAUAGAGCAGAAUUUCUGGAAGGCAUCGAGCAAGAACGUAUUGGGAGACUUGUGGAUAAAUUGGACAACAUGAAGAAAAAUGCAGUAGGCAAUGGUAGCUCCCAGUGUAUCCUCUGUGGGGACGAGUUCAAGCUCCUGGGAGCUUCACCUUCUUACUGUGAUGAUUGUGCAAAGGCUGUUUGCUCCAAGUGUGGGAUGGAUACUAUAAGCAGCUGCAAACAACCUUUGUGGCUGUGCAAGAUCUGCGCUGAAACUCGAGAGGUGUGGAAACGUUCUGGAGCCUGGUUCUUCAAGGGCCUCCCCAAAUAUGUCCUUCCAGAGAAGAAGACAGAGAGCGGGAAGUACCCCAUGCGCAUGCGUGCUUCACCCAGAGGGUCAGUGAAAGGUCGACCAGCAGCAGCAGCAGUAGCUGGGUCAGCAUCACCAAAAGAUUCUUACACCUGGCAUAAAGCUAGAGGCAGUGCCAGCACAGGUGUAUCUUCCAGCUAUGGUGAGAGUAGCGAGCAAGAUUCCUCCGAGAGCUCCGAAGAAGACUUUUCCAUGACCAAGCAGAAAGUCAAAAAAAGCGUGGAUUCUGAAAGUGAUAACUUGAGUAUGGGCAGUACAGCUUCUCGCACAGCACACAACAACCACUCUAGGGUGGAGAGUAAAGCCAGCUCUACGAACACUAACAACCAGGCAAGUCAGCUGAGUGCCACCGAGAGUAGCAGAGGGGACAAUAUACGUGAUGAGACAGAGUCUGAGCGGUCCAGUACUUACG